AUGCAACCAGAUUUACCAGUUAAUGUAUUUUGGGAUUUAGAGAAUUGUGCAGUUCCAUCAAAUUUAAAAGGUAUUCAUGUUGUAAAUGCAAUUAGAUCAUUUGCAUUACAAAGAGGUGUGCUAAAGAAUAUAUCAGCAUUUGCCAAUUUAAAGUUAAUUAAAGAUGAGUUAAGAUCCAAUCUACAAGAAUGUGGUGUACUAUUACACGAUGUCACUAGAAAUAAAUCAAAUGCAUCUGAUAUCGCUAUAUUGGUAGAGAUUUUGAAAUUGGUAAUCGAUAAUAAACCACCUCAUUGUAUCGUUUUAAUUUCAGGUGAUAGAGAUUUUUCAAACGUUUUAAAUACUUUAACAUUUAGAAGAUAUCAAGUAUUCUUAAUUCAUUCAACUCAUGCUUCUGACGUUUUAAAAUAUUCUGCAACCGCUUCAUAUGAAUGGAUAUCUUUAUUAAAAGGUACUAUUAAAGCACCAAAUUCACCACCUUUAUUAAAUCAAUCACAACAUCCUCAACAAGUAGUUCAGUAUCAACAACAACAACAACAACAACAACAACAACAACAACAACAACAACAACAACAACAACAACAACAACAACAACAACAACAACAACAACAACAGCAACAGCAACAACAACAACAACAACAGCAACAAUAUCACUACCAUAGCCAAAAUUUAAGCCAAAACCAACAACCAUACCAAUACCAACCACAACAACAACAACAACAACAACAACAACAACAACAACAACAACAACAACAACAACAACAACAACAUCUUCAUCAUCUUCAUCACCACCAACAACAAAAGAAUAAUUUAACAAGAUCAUUAAAUAAUACAAAUAUUCAGGCUAUCAAAAAUCAAAGUAAUAAUAUUCAAAAUUUCUCACAACAUAAUAAUCCACAUGUACAAAAUCAAUAUCAUCAUCAACAACAAUACCAACAUCAACAUCAAUCUAAUCAAUCACCAUUCCAACAACAGUCACAACAACAUACACCACAGGUACCACAACAAACACCAACUCAACAAAGUGUUCAACAAUAUCAACAUCAACAGCAGCAACAACAGCAGCAACAACAACAGCAACAACAACAGCAACAGCAACAACAACAUGUGACAGCACAACAAAUCCCACAAAAGGUUAUUCAAGAGGAAGUGCAACCACAUGAUUCAAUUGAAAAGAAACAAAUAACAGGUGGAGAUAAAGAAUCAUCUUCACCACCAGAUGACACAUUAAAUUCACCACAUUCAAAGAAUAGUGUAUUGGAAUUUGAGAACCAAUCAGAGCAACAAUUUGAAAUGGAUACAGUUGACAAUGAAAACGAUAUUGAUAACAAUGAAGAUGAUUCUUCAUAUGAUGAUGAUGAUAAUAAUAAUAAAAACAAUGAAGAGCAAGAGCAAAACUCAUUUUAUAAAGAAGAUAAUUUCGAAAUUGAAUCUGUAUUAUCAUUAUUUGCCAAUAAUAUUAAUGUAAACGGUGCUGAAAAUGAUGAUUGCGCAAUAAUUACUGAAGAUCAAUCAUCUCAACAUUAUCAAAGAUCAUUACCAAUAAUUCCAACGUCAUAUAUUGAUCCAGUUGAAAGAAUUGAUAUUUCAAAAGAUACAAUUGGUAAUGAUAUUGAUAAUGAUUUCGAAUUUGAUGAACCUGUCAGUAUCUCUCCUCAAAUUGAAAAUAAUUUUAAUUCUAUGGAUCUUUCAUCAAGUAGUAAUAAUAUAAAUAAUACAUUUAUUAAUUUAAGAAGUAAUAGUAUUAAUUUAAAUAAUAAUAAUAAUAAUAAUAAUAAUAAUACGAAUAACAAAAACAACAACAAUGAUAAUAAUAAUAAUAAUAAUAAUAAUAAUAAUAAUAAUAAUAAUAAUAAUAAUAAUAAUAAUAAUAAUAAUAAUAAUAAUAAUAAUAAUAAUAAGAAAAAGAAGAAAUCAAAAGGAAAAGUUAUAUCACCAACAAAUACAAGUCCAAUUAUAUCACCAAGAUCAACAAAUAAUGUAUCAGAUAUAAAUAAUACAUUUGAAAUUAUUCCGGCAAGUAACUCUGCAUUCUUAAAGGAUACAUUAUCAAGAUUUUAUCCACUUUUAGAUCUUUUAGAUAAGAGUGAGCAUCGUAAAUUAACCUUUUCAGAGAUUGGUAUUAAACUUCCCUACUCUUUAAUCAAUAAAAUUGGUUAUACUAAAUUAAACAAUUAUUUAUAUGAUGCUCAAGCUUUGGGUUUAAUUGUUGUUAGAGAAAUUAGACAAAUUUUAUGGGCUUUUCCAGUUUAUUCAUUAGAAAAUAGAACAAAUAUUGAUUUAACUGCAAGUACUAAAAAGAUUCUAUCUCAUCUUUUAAAGACAUUGGAGAGUUUAAAAAAAGAUUAUUUUAGACCAACAGAAUCUCAAAUUUUAAAAAGAAUGAAAACACUUGGAUACCCAUGUUAUAAUUUCGAUUUGAUUGUAUUACCAAUUGCAUUAUCUGGUUCACUUAUUAUCGAUGGUGAGAAGCCAACCCGUGUUUUAUAUCCAUCCACUGGUAGAUUCGAAGGUAUAGAUCCAUCAGUUCCAAACCCCGAUUUCUUUUUACCACAUACUUGGAGACAAUUGGAAAGCUUUUUAAAAUCAUCACAUCCAAUUUCAAGAAAUGGUAGAUAUGGUUUUGCAACAUUUUUAAAAGAAUCAGGACCAAAUGAAAUUAGAGAAAUGCCUUUGGCUGUAAUUACGUCCAUGGUUGAAUUAGCAUUUAAAAAGAAGAUUCUAACCUAUAAAAACUGUAACGUCUCUAGUAAUAUUGAAGAAUUAAUGUUUUGUGAGUCUAGUUCUUCAAUUAUUGAUAUCAUUCCAGAUUCUGAUAAUUCCAACACUUUGGAUAAUGAUUCAUCAAACAAUAAUAAAUUAGUAUCAAAUUGUAAUGAUAAUAAUAAUAAUAAUAAUAAUAAUAAUAAUAAUAAUAAUAAUAAUAAUAAUAAUAAUAAUACUAAUAAUAAUAAUAAUAAUAAUAAUAAUAAUAAUAACAAUAACAACACCAACAACAACAACAACAACAACAACAACAACAACAACAACAACAACAACAACAACAACAACAACAACACCAACAACAACAACAACACAAACACAAACACAAGCACUAACACUAACAACAACAACACCAACAAUACCAGCAAUACCAACAACAACAACACCAACAACACCAACAACACCAACAACACCAACAACAACACCAACAACACCACCAAUAACAACACCACCACCAAUAACAAUAAUAAUAAUAAUAAUAAUAAUAAUAAUAAUAAUAAUAAUAAUAAUAAUAAUAAUAAUAAUAAUAAUAAUAAUAAUAAUAAUAAUAUUAAUAAUAAUUCUAAUAAUAAUUCAAUCACUUCCUCCACCACUACUGCAACAUCAUCAGUAAAUAAUACAACCCCAACACCAACAACACCAACCUCAUCAACAACAAUAGCACCAAUAACAACACCAACACCAUCAGCCAUAAUAUCAACUACUCCAACAUCAACAUCAGUACCAACAUCAACAUUGAAUAAUAACAAUAAUACCACCAAUAUAAUUGGUGGUAUUAUUGGAAAUUCAAAUAACAACGAUAUUAAUGGAAAUAAUGGUUUGAAUUCAACAAACAACAACACUAAUUCACAUGGCAAUAUUAUUAACAAUGGCUUAGCUAUUGGGAAUAACCAAGAUAUUUUAACAAGUAGUUUAGUUGGAUCUUUACCAAAUGAAAAAGAUGGUAUUCAAAAUAAUGAAAUUGAUAACGAUUUUGUUUCUAUCGCAUCUAAUAAUAAUAAUAAUAAUAAUAAUAAUAAUACUAUUAGUAAUAAUAGUGGCAAUAAUAAUAUUAUUAAUAAUAAUAAUAAUAGUAAUAAUAUUAACAAUAUUGCCAAUAAUAGUUCUAAUAAUAAUAAUUUAAUUAAUACCAAUAAUAAUAAUAAUAAUAAUAAUAAUAAUAAUAAUAAUAAUAAUAAUAAUAACAUUAAUAAUUUAAGUAGUAAUAAUUUAUUAUUAUUAUCAAAAGAUGCAGAAAUAUUAGUACCCAUUACUUUUACAUGGCCAUAUAGUGGUCAUGUUAUUCAAUUGACUGGAUCAUUCCUAAAUUGGGAUAAAAGAGUACUCUUGACCUAUGAUCCACAAUUGAAUACCCCGCCUCAAACAAUAGAUUUGUCGAGAAUUGAAGAGAAAUGCUCAGAUAGUACCAGCGAAACACAGAUAAGGUCAGUCGUUGUUCGCUUGGCGCCUGGUAGGUACGAAUACAAAUUUGUUAUCGAUGGAAAUUGGGAAUAUGAUCCCCAAAAACCAAUUUUAACUGACGAUAGAGGUAACAUUAAUAACAUUUUAAAUGUUUCUCAAAAAUGA